UGAUAUCACAUAAGACAUACUCAAAACAAACUGUUACUUUCACCCUGAAUGUACAUAUCUUCCAGCAUUUUAGAUUGUUGUGUUUUAUGUACAGACUAACUUUUCCAACAUUUGAAACAGCAUGGCUUUCAUUUCUUUCAUUUCUUUGGUCACUGUAGAAAGAUUUAAAUCCUUGAGAUUAUCGCUUUGGAUUAUAGGUUAACUUAUCUCCAUAUAUCCGUAAUUUUCUUAAAUAUGGCGGCUGGAGGGAUGAGAUUGCAGUUUUGGAAACCAGGGACAGAAGCGCCUUCCAUCCAACAUGAAAGGACUGAUAAAGAUGGCGAGGAAGCUGGAGUAGUUGCCUUUCCCAGUGAUGUUGUGUCAUCGUCUAUCGCGAGAUUGCGUCAACGAUUGCCUGUGUUUAAGCAUCGUACAAACAUUUUAUAUCUUGUUGAAAAAUACCAGACAGUCAUAAUUGUUGGUGAAACUGGUUGUGGUAAAUCAACACAGAUCCCUCAGUAUUUAUUUGAAAGUGGUCUUGCUUCACAUGGCAAAGUUAUUGGUGUAACUCAACCAAGAAGAGUUGCUGCAACAUCAGUUGCUAUGCGUGUUGCUGAAGAAAAAGGAACCAUGAUUGGUCAAGAAGUUGGUUAUCACAUACGAUUUGAUGACUGUACUGACCCACAGAAAACUGCCAUCAAAUUUGUAACAGAUGGAAUGUUAAUCCGUGAAAUGAUGGCGGAUCCUUUACUAACGAAGUACACUGUAAUAAUGUUAGAUGAAGUACAUGAGAGGACAUUAUACACUGACGUCAUUUUGGGUUUGCUCAAAAAGAUACAAAAGAAACGAAAAGAUCUUAAACUCAUCGUGACAUCAGCAACAAUGGAUGCAGAGAUGUUCAGAGACUUUUUUAACACAAACAUAUCCAAGGAUAAAAGCAAAGAUACGGCUGCAAUUCUGUCUGUCGAAGGACGAACAUUCCCCACUGAAAUCUACUAUGUCUUAAGUCCAGUUGCUGACUACAUAAAGGCCAGUGUCGAUGCCGUCAUAGGAAUACAUUUGGAACAAGAACCAGGAGAUGUUUUAGUGUUUUUAACCGGUCAAGACGAAGUUGAAAGCGCUGUGUCCAUGAUCAUUCAAAAAGCAAGGACAUUACCAAAAGGUCAUGGAUUUCUCAAAGUGCUGCCUAUUUACAGUGGUUUAUCUCAUGCCGAACAGAUGCGUAUAUUUGAACGUUCAAAACCAAAAGAACGCAAGGCUGUUGUUGCAACAAAUAUCGCCGAGACGUCGUUAACUAUCGAUGGAAUUGUUUACGUUGUCGACUGUGGUUUUGUCAAGAUAAAAACAUACUCAGUAGAUACAGGACUCGAAUCCCUCGUCGUUGUACCAGUAUCGCAAGCAUCCGCUGACCAGAGGGCCGGCAGAGCGGGGCGCGUGCGAUCAGGAAAAGCAUACAGAUUAUACACAGAAGACGCAUUUCACAAUCUCUCUCCAGCUGGUGUUCCUGAGAUGCAAAGGACUAAUUUAGCUCCAGUGAUACUGCAGCUGAAAUCCAUGGGAAUCGACAAUGUUUUGAGAUUCGAUUUUUUAGCGAGGCCUCCAGCCGAGCAUAUGAUAAGAGCACUGGAACUGCUUUAUGCUCUAGAAGCUUUAGACGAUGACGGUUGUCUUACAACGCCACUCGGGGUAAACAUGGCCGAGUUUCCUCUCGAACCAAAUCUGGCAAAAAUGCUCUUGGUUUCAGGCGAGUUUGGUUGCUCUGAAGAAAUACUGACAAUAGCCACGAUGCUUCAAAUAAAAAAUGUCUUUGUGACACCGUCCAACGAAAAGAGAGCAUCGGCACGAGCGAAGCUGAAGUUCUCUGUGUACGAAGGCGAUCAUUUAUCUUUACUGAAUGUGUACCAAAGCUUUCUACAGCACAAGAAAAACUCAAAAUGGUGUCAUGAAAAUUUUCUUAACUAUAAAGGUCUUUGUCACGCUAUCAAGAUUCGAGAACAACUCAAGCGUCUUAUAAAGUCAUUUGGUGUGGCCUUGAGGUCUGUUGAAGACGACCCAACUCCCAUUUUACGUUGCAUUGUCAAGGGAUUUUUCGCUAAUGCAGCCAGACUCCACGCCGACGGCACUUACAGGAGUGUCAGAGAAAAUCACCCACUUUACAUUCAUCCAACGUCUGUGUUGUAUACAGAGAAACCACUUCAAUGGAUCGUAUAUCACGAGUUGCAACAAACAUCGAAGGAAUUUAUGCGAGAUAUAACUGUGAUCCAGUCCUCUUGGCUGUAUGAACUUGCUCCUCAUUAUUAUGAAUACGGCACUGCUCGAGAAUUAGCAGCAAAAAGAGCCAAACAUGAAUAGAGAUGACAGUGGUUCUGCUGAUGAAGGAUGCUUAUGGAUAUUUAUGGAUGAGGUUUGAAUUCACAAUAAAACAUAAGGAGGAGCAGAGGGAUGAUGAUGAUUCCUAUUGAAGAGUAAAGCAUUGUUUGAAAAGUACUAAUGUCUUUCAUCCAAAAACUCUUCCUUAUAAUUCUAUAUAAUGUGACUGUUUGCCAAACAAGUCUCCAUUUUUUGACGUACCAUGUCUUUUCCCAAGCUCAACCUGGCCUUUGUUGUCCACAUUUCUUCCCAAGAAUUGUGUUCACUGUGCUUACGAGAAGAAUUUUUUAAAUACCUUCUCUGGAACAUGAACCGUUGUUUUAAAACUGUCACUUUGAAUUAACAAUGAUCCAGUCUUUCAUGGUCCAGAAACAUUGACACUUCUUUAAGUCUCCCUAAAGUGGAUAAAUUGUAUUUUUACAUACUGUCUUACAUCAUGUGCAGUUCUGGGAUGAACUUAGUAAAAUGUAUGAUACGACUGUGGGAUACAGUGACUUAAUCUGUGCAUCUAUGUAUGUCAUAAAAUAAAUAGUAACAAUUGUGAAAUCUACAUAUUUAUGUAAUAGCAAAUGUUUUGGAUACUUUGGAUUCAAUCUAUUUUACCACUAAUUUGAGUGAGCAUGGAAUUGUCUUUCCAUUUUUUUGCCAACGUCUUGAAAUACAAUUUGUCAUCAUAUCGUA